AUGAGUCGCCAGCUGAACAUCAAGGCUGGUGGUGACAAGGGUGGCUUCAGUGGGCGCUCAGCUGUGUUGCUGAGGAAGGCUGUGGGCAGUAUGGCUUCUUGCCGUGCCGCUGGCAAAGGACCUGGGGCUGGCUUCAGCAGUCGGAGCCUCUAUAGUCUUGGAGGGAAUCGGUGUAUUUCCUUCAGUACGGCUGGUGGUGGUGUUUGGACUGGAGGUUACAGCUUUGGGCCUGGCUCUGGAUAUGGAGGGGGCCGGGCCACUGGCUUUGCUGGCAGCAUGUUUGGCAGUGUGGCCUCGGGGCCCGUGUGCCCAUCCAUGUGCCCACCCGGGGGCAUCCACCAGGUCACCAUCAACAAGAGCCUCCUGGCCCCCCUCAACGUGGAGCUGGACCCUGAGAUCCAGAGAGUGCGCACCCAGGAGCGGGAGCAGAUCAAAGCUCUGAACAACAAGUUCGCCUCCUUCAUCGACAAGGUGCGGUUCCUGGAGCAGCAGAACCAGGUGCUGGAGACCAAGUGGGAGCUGCUACAGCAGCUGGACCUGAACAGCUGCAGGAAGAACCUGGAGCCCAUCCUCGAGGGCUACAUCAGCAACCUGCGGAAGCAGCUGGAGACGCUGUCCGGGGACAGGGUGCGGCUGGACUCGGAGCUGCGUAGCGUGCGGGACGUGGUGGAGGACUACAAGAAGAGGUAUGAGGUGGAGAUUAAUCAGCGCACAACAGCUGAGAAUGAGUUUGUGGUGCUCAAGAAGGAUGUGGAUGCAGCCUACACAGUCAAGGUGGAGCUUCAGGCCAAAGUAGACUCUCUGGAUAAAGACAUCAAGUUCCUCAAGUGUUUGUAUGACGCGGAGAUGGCCCAGAUCCAGACUCAUGCCAGUGAGACCUCUGUUAUCCUGUCCAUGGACAACAACCGGGAUCUGGACCUGGACAGCAUCAUUGCCAAGGUCCGAGCUCAGUAUGAGGAGAUCGCCCUGAAGAGCAAGGCAGAGGCCGAGGCCCUGUACCAGAGCAAGAUCCAAGAGUUGCAACUGGCAGCCGGCCGGCACGGUGAUGACCUCAAACACACCAAGAACGAGAUGUCAGAGCUGAACCGGCUCAUCCAGAGGACCCGGUGUGAGAUUGCCAAUGUGAAGAAGCAGUGUGCCAACCUGGAGACGGCCAUCGCCGAUGCCGAGCAGCGGGGCGACAGUGCCCUGAAGGAUGCCCGGGCCAAGCUGGACGAGCUGGAGGCCGCCCUGCACCAAGCCAAGGAGGAGCUGGCCCGGAUGCUGCGGGAGUACCAGGAGCUCAUGAGCCUGAAGCUGGCCCUGGACAUGGAGAUCGCCACCUACCGCAAGCUGCUGGAGGGCGAGGAGUGCAGGAUGUCUGGUGAGAAUCCAUUGUCUGUGAGCAUCUCUGUCAUCAGCAGCGGUGGAAACAGUUACUACCACCCCAGCACCUCUGGCAGUGCUGACACGGGGCCCAGUGGCCUGGUGGGCAGCUCCAGCAGCACUUGGGCCGGACAGUCCAGGGCCAAAGGGGCACGAGUGGGAGACCUCAAGGAUGCCCGGGGCAAGAGCGCCCCCUCCAGGAAAGCUACCCGAUAA